CCCGUUCCUGUCAGACUCCCCAUGGGUCUGGCUGGAACCCCAUAUCCUUGUCCAAAGACCCCAAGCUGAAGAUUCUGCGGGUCUGCCUUCUUGCUGGGCACAGCAGGGCCGGGAUGGAGGCCUGUCUCCUGCUGCUGCCCCAGCUGCUCCUGUUGGGAACAGCCAUCCUAACCUUAACUGCUCUGGAGACAGCGGACCUGGUGGAGCUCUGCGGGCGGACGUGGCAGGGGGACGCGCUCCUGUUGAGCUCGCACGCCGCCUCGCGCAAGUUCUACUUCGUGGCUCCGGACACCGACUGCGGGCUCUGGAUGCGGGCGGCGGCCUCCGGCGACAGGAUCCUCUUCCAGUUCCGCUUCUUCCUGGUCUACAGCUUGACUCCGGCGUCCCCGGGGUCCCCAGGGUCCCCAGCGCCCCCAGCGUCCAACGCUUCCUUCCCGGAGCCCGCCGACCCGUGUGCCCCAGGCUCCUACCUGCAGUUCUACGAGGGUUCCCCGGGGGCGCCCCGGCCGUUGGGGUCCCCUCUCUGCGGCCUGACCAUCCCGGCCUCAGUGGCAUCUUCAGGACCCUCCCUGGGCCUGCGUCUGGUCACGAGAGGUCGCCAGCCCCGCGUGGACUUCGUGGGCGAAGUCACUUCUUUCCGGUUGGGAUCCUGUGGGAGCUACUUCCGCUGUCGGAAUGGCAGGUGCAUCCCCCCGAGCCUGGUGUGUGACCACUGGGGCAUGGACAACUGUGGCGACGGCAGUGACCAGGCCUCCCGGCCGCCGGCUGACUGCAGAGGUAUCUCCCCGGUGCCCAGCUGGGCCAGGAGCGUGGAUGACCAGGCCUCCAAGCCACUGACCCUCUCCCCGGCUCUCGGGCCUGCGGACCCCCUCCAGACUGCAGCGGACAGGAGUCCCCCUGCAGGCCGGGACCCUGCUCCCCAGGAUGCGGCAGCCAAAGGGUCCCGGCUGUGGGGGUUGGCGCUGGCCUCCUCACUGCUCCUGGCCUCCACCGGCCUCCUCCUGGGCCUCCUCUGCUGCUGCUGCUCCGGCCGGCUGCCCUGGCGGGCUGGCACCUGUGGAAUCUGCCUGGGCUGCAGCACGGGUCCUGACCGGGUCGCCCCUGGGGGGCUGCGGCCAAGUGGGCCAGCCUGCCAGAGUCAGGGAGGCCACCCCUAGAGGCUGUGGGCACUAGAGCAGAGAGCUUGGGGUCUGACAGACCCUAGAUGCUAAGCCCCUCUGGGCUGCUGUGUGACCUUGGGUGAGUCACUCAACCCUCUGAGACUCAGUCUGCUCCUCUGGGAAACGGGGUAACCCCUGCCUCGCUGGGUUGUCAGGACCUGCACAUGGUAAUCGGCCCUCCAGCUUGAGGGAUGGCUGGCACUUUGCUGGGUUGGCCCAGGGCAGGGAGUGGGGCCGCGCUAACCCGAAGCUGCCCCACUUUGCUCCCCUCUCCGGUGCCCCCAAGUGGAGCCCUAGUCAGACACAGGAGACAGCCCUGGCGGGGAUAGCACCGUUUAUUUAAGAAAACCAAGACAAAGACCACAGGAGGGUCCCUUCUAGGACAAAGAGGCCAGGCAUCCCGGCCCCACAGGCUGGGGGCUGCUGGUGGGGAGGGUGCUUGUCCCCAGUGGGCUCCCACGGAUGGGGCGGGGCUGUCAUGUCCCCUCCCCAACCCUCCCACUCACGGUCCCAGCUUCCCCCACCCAAGGCACUAACCUUCUCCCCACCCCCCCCACCGUCCCUGGGCCUUCACUUCCAGAUGAGUGGUGGGUGUAGCCUGGUGUAGGCUGGGAGACCUCAGUGCUGGGCUCUGCGGGUAGCAGCUCCUGGUGAGAGUUGGGGUGCGGAUUCCCUUGCAGGCCCUGAGGGCGGAGGCCCUGGGCUGGGUGUUGGGGGUGGGAUGCAGG